AAUAAUAUUGGUUUCUCUUCUGGGUGCAAGCAGAUUUAUCUGGCUCCUCGGUCAACAAAAUCAUCAUCCCAAGAAACAUGGAAACGAAGCCAUUUUAAAAAGAGAUGUCAACCUUUGUGAAAAUAAAGCCUUCUAUAUUCACGUUCGCACCAAUCUCCUCUGAGUUUCACGAAGAAAACCAAACUGAAGACAGCAUUCUAUGAAAACUGAUGGAUAAUGUGGCGAAUCCUCCAGGGUUCUUCAUCAGCAGGCUGUGAGAAUAAGCACAUGGACUUCUGCACAUUAAAAUCACUGAUCACUUUAGUAACUGCCGGGAACCUGGAUCCUGACUUCCAGCCAUCGAUACCUGUGUGAAACUUGAUCUCCACUCAUCCUUUAAGACCAUUGAUGAAUCCAUCAGAACUUUUGAAAGCAAAGGACAACUGAAGAAAUCUUAGUGAAAGAGAGUUAGGUGUUGAAAACAAACUACCGAGAGACAAGACUUAUCUUGGUACUUAUCAUCUAAGAACGCAUAUAAUCAGCACCUAAAAAAGAAAACAUGAACAGCACAUGUAUUGAAGAACAGCAUGACUUGGAUCACUAUUUGUUUCCAGUUGUUUACAUCUUUGUGACAAUAGUCAGCAUUCCAGCCAACAUCGGUUCUCUAUGUGUGUCUUUUCUGCAAGCAAAGAAGGAAAAUGAAUUAGGCAUUUACCUCUUCAGUUUAUCCUUAUCGGAUCUGCUGUAUGCCUUAACUCUCCCUCUAUGGAUUGAUUAUACUUGGAAUAAAGACAACUGGACAUUCUCUCCUGCCCUGUGCAAAGGGAGUGCCUUCUUCAUGUACAUGAACUUUUACAGUAGCACAGCUUUCCUCACCUGCAUCGCGAUUGAUCGGUAUUUAGCAGUUGUCUACCCUUUGAAGUUUUCUUUUCUUAGGUCAAGAAGAUGUGCGUUCAUGGUGAGCCUUUUCAUCUGGAUAUUGGAAACCAUCUUCAAUGCUGUCAUUCUGUGGGAAGAUGAAACAGCUGUUGAAUAUUGUGAUGCCACAAAGUCUAACUUUACUUUAUGCUAUGACAAAUAUCCUUUGGAGAAAUGGCAAAUCCGGUUUAACUUUGCUAGGACGUGUGUAGGCUAUAUGAUACCUUUGGUCAUCAUAAUGGCUUGCAACCAGAAAGUCUACAAAGCUGUGCAGCAAAAUCAAGCUACAGAAAACAGUGAAAAGAAGAGAAUCAUAAAACUACUUGUUAGUAUCACGUUGACUUUUAUCUUGUGUUUUACCCCCUUUCAUGUGAUGUUGCUGAUUCGCAGCGUUUUAGAGCAUGAUGUGAGCUUAGAUGAACAUAUGUUUGACCAUAACAAGCCUGGGAAGCAGAGUUAUAAAAUCUAUAGAAUCACAGUUGCAUUAACAAGUUUAAAUUGUGUUGCUGAUCCAAUUCUGUACUGUUUCGUAACUGAAACAGGAAGAUCGGAUAUGUGGAAUGUAUUCAGAGUCUUUACUAAGAAGCUUAAUAAAUCAAAAAGACAAGGAAAAAGCAUACUUUCUAUGUCUACAAAAGAUACUGUGGAAUUAGACAUCCUGGAAUAGAACCAAGGUCUAAUUUUUUAAAGAUAUGCAAUAUUAUACCAUCAAGAUUAUAUUUUCAAAAGGAAAUCUCAGCAUGAGAGGGGAGUAAAGGUUCCCACUGAGGGACUAUUUUAAUCCUCUCCGAUGGAAAUAUUUCAAACGUGUGCUCUAUAGCUCCCUGACUUUUAUUAAACAAGAAUGAAACAAAAUUGAAUAUAUUCCUAAUGACUCAGGGUCAUCACUGUAGAAUGGCAAUUGCUUUUGCAUCUGUGCUCUAAUCGCUCAGUCCAGUAAGAUGUACUGGACCGUGUGUUUUUAAAUUGGUGAGCUUCGUGUCUGGUUGUUGUGAUUUUUCUCACUCUUUCUAUGGAUCUCAGACUAUCAUUUCUCCCAGCCAACAACACCAACUACUAAAUACUGCUUCUAAUCUUCUCGUUAGAUAACAAACAUUUAUUGAGCCCACUCUAUGUGCUAGGUUUUGUGGUAAGUACUGGGGUUACAACAGAAAUGAUCUCAUAAGCCUUUUGAAGCUUAUAUCAGUUUGGAAACAUAGCCACUGAGCUUGUAAGUGUUCUCUAUAAAAUAAAAGUAAAUAGUCUCUGAGUGAGAGUCUGAAGGCCUCAUCCAUGAUAUAAAGGACAUGAGCUUUGUGAAAGUUCUUUCAGUUAAUCAGAGAACUUUUUACUUUCUUUAAAAUCACAAUUUUUAAAAUUUUGAUUCUUUCAAAAUUUGCUGUUGAGUACAGUAUUAAAAGUUUAAUGUUUAGACAAAAAGAUAUACUAUAAACAAAAAAGACAUUUAUUAUAUUAAAUCUUACAUUCAGAGACUUCUUUGGGGGUUUAGAGUAUUUAGAGAAUCUUGAUAUAAUAUAUUCUUUUAUAUUUUCUCAUUACAGAAAUUACUCCGCCUAGUUUUAAGUAGGCAUCAGGUAAACAUUUUUCUUAACCAAAGUAUGUUUUAAGAUUUUCGAAGAUGUUUUUAUCCUCCUAUUCUCCUUUUCUCCUUCUCUCCCUUCUCUUUACUAUCUGUUCCUUCCAGUCCCCAAAAUUGAUCAGAUAGUAAAUGUCUUGGUAUCAUUUGUGCCCUCAUAUUAGAAAACAAAAAUCUGAUAACAAAAAAGACAAAUAAUGAAUUUCUAGAUAUACACUGAAAAAACUCAGUUAGUGCACAAACUGACUCCAUUUUCUAUUAAAGUUGUCCAUGACAGUUUCGGUGCACAAGAGAAAACCACCUUGCUUUGAGGCCCUAUGUGCUUUCUCUGCUCUUUGCACUUUUCUCAUCAUAAAGUUUCUGGAGAAUUAAUAGAUUGAGUCUGGGCACCCUGAGAUACACUUAUACAUACUUAAAGGCUAAAGAUACACCAAUGAAACGAAAAGGAACUAAAAUAGUUUGGGCUGUUCGAUUCUUUCCUGAUAAAUUAUUGGCAGCACCUACAUUGAAUACGUGUGAAAGUAAAAGAUCCAGGAACAAUUUUGCCCACAUUGGAAACUCAGAUGCAGAUUGUCUUGUCUGAGGUCACAGAGUUCGUUGGAAGCAGAGCCACAUCUUGAGCCCAGAAACCCCGACUUCCCUCCAGAGUUGCUAUUCCUCCUUCACACGUUUAUUUUUUGGGUUUUUUUUUUUUGACAUUUCUACCAUUUCUUUCUUUAGGGAUGCAAAAGGCAUAUAUACAUCGAGAGUUGUUCAAGAUAGUCAUUGGAUUUAAGAUAAGAAUAAGGAGGAAGAGGAGAGUUAUUUCAUAAAUUAAUACCUCUGGAAAUAAAAUAAGUCAUAUAGAUAGCAAUUAAGCUGAUCUGUUACAGAGAACUGGUUAGAACUUGACCUCAGUUGGUUAUAUCAAGAGAUGUGGCAGAUACAAGUUUAUGGCCCCCUUAGUAAGAACGUUCUAUUUAAUAAGUAACAGCAAAACCAUUGAUCUAACAUGUAAGUUCCAAAAUGAACCAGGCCGCCAAAACCUAUAAGCAGGGCCAACCAUGGAGAACCCACAUUAGGAGGAUGCUCAUAUGAUUUAGGGUAAAGCACUCUAGACAUGAUCUAAAAUUAUGGACAAUCCCAACAUUGGGAAGUUAAUCCUUUAGUCUUGAACAGCUUUAUAGGUUCCUGAUUACAGUUCUCCAUUAAACUAAAAGGAUUUCUGGAAGGAAUAAGACCUUGUAGCUAUUAUUACCUGGGACGCCUUUGUCAGAAGACCUAGAUUAGAACACCAGCAGUUAUCCACUUAUGAACCGUUUGAUCUCAAAAAAUGUUCAGCUCUCCCUAAGGCUCAGUUUCUAUAAACAGCAGGGAGAGUAGCAUCACUUGCUUUUAACAAGUAGAUGUGAAAACACUUUGUAAACUAUGAUGAGUUUUCUAAAUGUUUCUUAUUAUCAGUUAUUCUCAUCUUCAUCAUGAUUAGUGGAUAGCUACCCACAAGACAGAACAGUCCCUGGAGGCACUCUGAGCGUAGGAAUAUAGCAGCGUGAGCUAGUAGGGGCUGGCUCUCACACACCACUGCUAUGGUUACUUCUCCCAGAUGGUUCAACAAGUCCAUUAUGGUAACUUAAGGGCCUUUAUUGUUGCUUCUACAUCCUCAAUAGUGCCUGCUUCUAGGAGUUCACAUUUCUGAGGAGACACAUGCUAUGUACAUCACCAUAAACAGGUAGAGAUCCAUUUUUAAUUUAAGUUUUUGACCUUUUGUUCUUUAUUCAGAAUGUUAUUUUUUAUUUGAAUGAACUCAAUUAGACAUCUUGGAUAGGUCAGUGAAGAGACUGAGAAGAGCUUUUUAAAACCUCCCUUUUCUCUACCUAGUCUGGGAGAAGCUUCAUGGGUGAAGAAGUUAAAAGACAUAAAAAAAUCACCUCAGUUUGUUCAAAUUACAUAGCAUCACUUCCCUAGGAGCAUCCUGAGAAAAUCUGUCUCUCCGACCUGAUUUAUUCCCUUUUCUCUUUUUAAUUUAAGCUAAAUGUUCUCCCCAAGAAAUUGUAUUUCCAAUCCUUAAUGUUAUGAUCAAAUACAUAAUUAUUUACCAAUUGCCUCUGUUGACUUCGCCUGUUUUUAACUAGACAGUACCUACUUUUAAAUAGAAUUUGUGAUACAUAGCUUGUAGGCAUUUCUGUUUAAAACAUGUUUAUCUUGCCCUGGGCUUCUUUUUUGCCCAAACAUCACUGUCAUCAUUCUGUCAUUUACACGUGGGCCUCUCUUCUGGUGAAACCCAUCCACAGGUUGCUAUGGAAACACAUCAGCUACAAUAACACCCUGACCCAUGAAGGCCUUUGUGAUUAGAGACUUCUUUGUCUAGGUCCAUCAGGUGACUCUGCUGUGAAUCAGAAGUCUGUUCAUCCAAUAGAUGCUACAACACACAAAGAACACAUACUCAUAGACUCCAACAACCUGCCUCACCUCACAAAAACAAACAAACAAAAAUUCCUUGGGACCUUUUAACCUAUGUUUGUACUCUUUUGCAAGAUGUCUAAUAGCAACAAGUAGAACACAUAUGACCUCUUUGCCUUCUGAAAUAAUGCACGCAUGAGUGUUUUACUUUCUUGUUUACUGAGUCAGCAGCUGGGAGACACUAUUGAGAUUCUUCCCUCCCCUUCCCUCCUCCCUUCUUUCUCCUUCAACCAGAAGUGGCUGCCAAGGAAGCCAUGGUAAGAAAACUUGUACCUGCAUUGUUUCCAUUGCUCUACUAUUCUGGAAAAAUCUAGUUCUGACUGAGAUGUUUUAUUUACAUGUCCUGGGGGGAAUAUAACAUCAGGUUAAUUUAAACGAAAGCAGGGAUGUCCUGUUUUAUUCUUCGUUCAUGGUAUAAACACUUGAUUCAAUUCAAGUUAAAAAAAAAAUUUUUGACCCCUAUUAUUUCUUUUAUUCUUUCACAUUUCAUACAGCUUACCCAUCACGACAGUGUGAUGGUAGCAUUUGUUAGUUGCAUUAGUUGAAUGCCCCUUGUUUGCAGGAAUAAGGUGGCAAUGGCAGCAUCGGGUCAAACCUGGGUGAGGGAAAAGUGAUGUGGGAGAUAAGAUUCCUCUUCUUUUCCAAAGAUCCUUUUCUUACGACAUCACUUGUUGCUGGCCAAGAAAAAUCACACUCAAGACUUGUCUGUGGCCACUAGGUGUUGAUCGUGUUCUAUUCAGGACCCUGUAAUUCACGGCUAGCUGCCACCCCCCAGAAGCAAAGA